AUGACAGCUAUGUUAUCUACGUAAACAAUUUUAAAUUAUAAAUAUAUUUAUUUAUAUUUUACAAUCCAAUAUCUUGUAUUAUUAAUUUAAGAUGGUAUUAAAACGGACAAAAGGUUACCAAGACAUAGAUGAAAAUAAUGAAUCUCCAUCAACUGCAAACGUUGAUAAUUUACCACAAGGAAUUGAGAUGGGGUCUGUUUCUGUUGUACCUGAUGAUACUUUUACUGUGACACAAGCUGUGAAUGCUUUAGGGUUUGGUUGGUUUCAAGUAAAAUUGUCUUUAUGGACAGGACUCUGCUGGAUGGCAGAUAGUAUGGAAAUGACUAUUUUGUCCAUUUUGUCACCUGCUUUACAUUGUGAUUGGCAAAUAUCGAGAUACCAACAAGCUUUAACAACAACAGUGGUAUUUUUAGGGAUGAUGCUUUCAUCAACUUUUUGGGGUAACUUAAGUGAUCGAUAUGGUAGAAAACAUGCAUUGACAUUAUGUGCAAUAUUACUUUUUUACUAUGGACUUUUAAGCUCUAUAGCUCCGAGUUUCAUGUGGAUACUUUUACUUAGAGGUCUUGUUGGAUUUGCUAUAGGAUGUACACCACAAUCUGUCACUUUAUAUGCUGAAUUUUUGCCUACAAAGCAGAGAGCAAAGUGUGUUGUGUUACUUGAUUGUUUUUGGGCAUUGGGUGCGUGUUUUGAGGUAGCUCUAGCAUUAGUUGUUAUGCCAACUUUAGGAUGGCAUUGGCUGCUAGCUCUCUCUACUGGACCUCUACUAGUGUUUGCAUUAAUAUGUCCAUGGUUACCUGAAUCUGCAAGGUACCACGUUGCAAGUGGUCAAACAGAAAAAGCUUUACAGACACUGGAAAAAAUUGCCAAAGAUAAUGGUAAACCUAUGUUACUGGGUAGGUUAGUUGUUGAUGAUUCUUUCACGUCAUCUUUACAUAGGGGAAGAUUUAGGGAUCUGCUCAUACCGUCAUUAAGGAAAACAUCACUCCUCUUAUGGUUUAUAUGGAUGGCUUGUUCGUUUUGUUAUUAUGGUCUAGUUUUGAUGACGACUGAAUUAUUUGAAACAUCCGCUAUAUUGUGUACAGCUCAAACAGAACCAAUACAAAUGAUUGAUACAUGUGCAGCAGAAUGCAAAGAAUUACAAUCAACAGAUUACAUGGAUUUAUUGUGGACCACUCUAGCAGAAUUUCCAGGGAUAUUUAUAACGAUAGCAAUAAUAGAAAAAUUUGGUAGAAAGAAAACUAUGGCUGUACAAUUUGUAGCGUACGCUGUAUGCUGUUGUUUCCUCAUAUUAUGUACUGAAACACGAGGUGUCCUUACGACUAUGCUGUUUUUUGCACGUGGAAUAAUUGCUGGUGUAUUUCAAGCGGCCUACGUUUACACACCUGAAGUAUAUCCGACAUCUCUAAGGGCAGUAGGAGUUGGUUCGUGUAGCGCGAUGGCUAGAUUAGGAGCAAUGGUGACUCCAUAUGUAGCUCAAGUUCUACUCAAAACAUCAAUUUCAUUUUCAACAACGAUAUACGCAACAGCAGCUAUAAUGGCAGCGGUAGCAUGUCUUCUGUUACCAAUCGAAACCAGAGGCAAAGAACUUACAGAAAAUGUGCAGCAACAAGCGAACUCUGUUUCAAAUACUCAAUAACUAGUCAGAUGACAGAACUGAUGAUAUCAAUCGUUUUCCAGGAAAUUAAUUUCGAAAAAUGAUACAGUGCAUUAAUUCAGUUGAAUAUAAUCAAUGAAUUAAUGCGCAGUAACUUUAAUCAAAAUAUUUAUUAGUAUUAUUAAAAAAAUUUGAAUUUCCGUCCAUUAAUAUAACAAAAAAGCGGGGUUUUCCAAAUAAAUGGAAUGGAUUUUAAUAAAUGUACAUAAUUGACUUAUUUCUUCUUCUCUGGAAAUAUUCGUGAUUAUUAACUUUCAUUUACUGUGAUUAGUUGUCUCUAAAAGAACCUUUUCAAGUAGUAUCAAGACGAACAUGAUUAAACGGAAUACUUUUCUGGAAAUAUUGCAGUUUCUACCACAUUCAGUUUGCAAUAUAAAGUAAUUUUAUAAUAUAUAUUCCUCAUCUUCUAGUUUUUACUGCGAUACAAAAAUUUUCUAGUCAAAUUCACGCUUUUUUUAUUGUUGCCCUCUUUUAAUGAUUGGCUACUUAAUCAUUGUGUUUCUUUCAAAGUUAUCUCCUUUUUGUCUACAUAUUUGUCUUCACCAAUAGUUUUGAUGACCCCUCAUAAUUUUUUCGAAUUUCCAAAGGAUUUGUAGAUACUUUCAUGUUUUUUUUACUAAUUUUUCUGCAGAAUAUUUACGUUUCAAUAUAUCCAAAGAUAUUUUCAAUACAUUUUCCUUGUUUUAUAGUUUCGUUUUUUCUGCUUGUAGUAAUCUUGAGGUCUGAUUUCGUGGUUGGUAUAGGAUUUCAAGCCCGAAAUUAAGUUCAUCCUAAAAAUACUCGAUAUGAUUUAAAUCCGGGCUUCGCGUCAGCCAAUUCAUAGCGGCAAUAUCGAUAUACCCUACGAACCCGCAGUAUGUGAACGAGCCAUUGUCCUGUAUUAGGAUGAAGUUUUCGCCGAUGAAACUGAAACUUUCUCUUUGUAUUGGUUCGAUAAUCCCCUCGCUACACCACCAAUUUCAAUAAAAUCCAACUCGGUUUUUGUUUCUAUUGAAAUGACCAUUAAAACCAUCUAGGAACGUCAUCCAAAAGACACGUUUUGUUUUAUGCAAAACUUUCUCCGGGUCUUCUAUAAGCUAGUCCUCUUCUAUCGCUACCAUGCAGGCACACUCUGCUUUCAUCUGAAAGGAGAACGAAGCCCCAUUAUUGGUCAGUUCACUUGACUUGUUCUCUGGAAAAUCGUAAGCGAGCUGCUCGGUGGGCUGAGGUUAAUUUGGGACCAGUAGCAGGCAUUUUUGGCUCAUUUUUAACUGCCUUAAGUCUUUUGACUGUCCAGCCACUCCUCGCAUUUCUAUGACCUCUUGUUGGACUUGAACAGUCAUCUUUCUCAGAUGUGCACCUUUUUCUUCUGGAACUGUGUCUUCGAUGAUAGUUACCAGUCUCUUGGUAACGACGGUAAAGUCUAGCAACAACAGAUUAUGUCCAUUUUCGGGUAAAAUUUUUGUUUGUUGGUAAGGGUAUUGGUUGACGUUUGGUGGCUGGAGAGAGAGAAAAAUUCGUUGGAUAUAUUUUAGGUGGGAUGAGGAAAUUUUUUAUGACGAGGAAGGUUCAUUGGGAUUGUUUCAUGUUUUCCUUGAUUUUUAAAAAGAUAUCGUCAUUUUGGUUCUUUUAUUUAUUUAUUUUCAAUUAAUAAGAUGUCUUUUGGACUAUAGAAUCAUUUUAUCAUAUUUUAUAUUUUUUUAUCAAAAUUUUUCAAUACUUCCUCUUUCAUUAUAGCUUUUAUUUCAUAUUGUUUUUGUGUUUCUUUCAUAUUUUCUUUAUUUGACAUCAACUCUGAUGUAAACAUUUAUUUUCAUAACUUUAAUUCCCAGUGCUCCCUCGUAUUGUUCAAUACUUUUUUAAUAAUAAAAAUUGAGAAAAGCAAACCUUGUCUAUUUUGAGAAUACUUCUGAAUUUUAUCUAUUCUUUUUCUAGAUUGUUAUUGCCUAUUUUUUGUAUCCUCGCUUACUUUAUUAAUUAUGCUUCCAACUUCAAAAAAAGUAGCAUUUUCUCUACAAUGUUUCUGUAAAAAUAAUGCUAUGUAUUUAAAAUGUACGUUAUCAAUUAGUUAUUUUAUUAAAAUUCAGUGCAAAUAACACAGGUCUGCAACAAAAUUCUGUCUAGAUGUUUUUAACUGAUUUCAAUGUAUUUGGGUGUUUUGAAAAUUAAAAAAAUACUCAAAAAGUUUCAGAACGUCAGGUUAAUUUGCAAAACGCAAAAUUUUAUUUAAAAAAAAAGGAUUUUUGGGCUAACUUGAAAGGGCAUAAUUCUAAACUGAAGCAGUCAAUUUAAUACCCCAAUCUACAAUCAGCUAUUCGUCCCAUCCCUCAUGGGACCGAAAUUCCUGCGCCUAAGGCACUUGCUACCUAGGAAGGGAUCCCUGAACCCGAUGACAAGUCAAGUUUUGAAUUUGCAGAUGACAGCAGUACGAAAUUGUUUUCCCAGGGCGAGCUAAAUGAUUUUAUAAGAAACUUACAUCUUCUCAAAUAAACGCUGCUGAGCUGCUUGGAUGAAGGCUCAAAAGCAAGAACUUAUUUUCGCGUAGAGUGUCUUCCUCAUGGUUUAGAUAUUGUGAGAAGCAGUUCACUUCCUACUUUGUCCAAGAGGAUGAGUUGAUUUAUUAUACCAAUAUUAAAGGUUUGAUGAAUACAUUCAAUAUCUUAUACGACCCAGCACAAAAAGAAGCCUUUAAAUAGUUCUGCUUCACACAAGGUUUCUAUGCUUCCCGUAUACCUUAAGGAAACCUAAAAGAACUUGGAAUUGGUUCUUUGCAAAUUAAAAUAUAAAAAUCACGGUUGACAAGCUUACAGAAUUCCCUUGCUUUUUGUGUCUAUGGGAUAGUAGAGACCGAGCAAAUCACUGGACCAAAAAUUGUUGGCCUACGAGGAAGCUUAACGCUGGCGAAAAGAACAUCCUACAUGAAACUUUGAUGCCUCCUCAUAAAGUUCUUCUACCACCACAGCUAGAAUUGAUGAAGCAAUUUGUAAAGUCACUUUCAAGAGAUGAAAAUUGUUUCAAAUACUUAAUAAAAAAGUCACCAGGCCUUUCGGCGGAAAAGUUGAAAGAAGAUGUUUCCAUUGGACCAGAUAUUAAACAGGGUUAUGGCUGAUCUACAAUUCAUCAUAACCAUGACGGAUCCUCAAAAAAAAGGGUGGGUUGCCUUCAAAGAGGCAUUGAGAAACUUUUCAGCAAUAACAACUACCAAACAAAUCGUCAAAAGAAUGUUAAAAGCAUUUCAAGCUUUAGGUUGCCUGAUAAGUUUAAAAGUUUAUUUUCUUCAUUCCCACCUCGAAUACUUUCCAAAAAAUUUAGAAGAUGUGAGUGAAGAGCAAGGUGAACGAUUUCAUCAAAAUAUUAAGAGGAUAGAAAAAUGAUACCAGGGAAGAUGGAGCAUCUCAAUGAUGACAGACUACCGUUGGACUCUUCAGAUGCUUCCUAAUAGCGAAAAUGUACCAAAAGGAGUCUUACUAGGAGAAAAAAAUGUGUUUAGUGCUUAUUAAUGAAUGUAUUUCAUCUUUUAUAUUAAAAUGAUAACUUGUUCAACACAAAUACCUAUAUUGUCAGAAAACGUGACGUUCUACGAGUAAACGAAAGUUAUUUUUGGAUUCAGCUCACCCAAAAACAUAAGUAUGACGCAAAAAAACCAAAACAGCUCACAACUUUUUUUGCAGACUUGUAUAAUUUUCAAGAAAUCGGUCGACUGAUUCUAUUAUUUAAAUGAGUCGAGCUGCUUUCUUGAUCAAUAAUAAUGCUUAAACCAAAGGUACUUAUUAUAUUUAUGUUCUUAUUUAUUUUAUAAUUGAAAUAAUUAUUUAAUGUGAUUUUAAUUUUCGCGCAAACGACAUGAAAUUGGAACUGAAAAGACUUAAAUUAUGUUUAAACAUUUCCGUUUAUGGCGAAAAAAAUUUAAAUAGUUGUAUUGGUACCGAUCGCACCAUUUACUACCACUACAUUAAUACUGUUUGGUCCUUCCAGUCGGGUAUAAACGAACAAUCUUGCAAGCUUGAAAAAACAGACAAUGUAAUUUUUAAUAUUGGUAUAGUGUUCAUAUCCGGCUCGAAGUACCAGACAAUGUAAUUUGUAGUAUAGGUGUAGUGACAGAAAAUAGUGUAAUCAGUAGGAAUGUCUCCAAUAGUUUCAGUAACUUCAAUUUGAAUGCUUAAAAUAAUGAUAUAAUACAACAAAAUUGAGUCAAAAUAGUCCAACUCUAAUUAACAUUUAUAAAUGGUUUUUAUAGUAUUUAGCUAUAGCACAUUGCAAUUAGCAUUUCCUGUCCAGUAGCGAGUAAUAGUUCUUUCAAUUUUAAGCCAGUUUGUUUAUGUACGAUUCGGCGUUAUGGACCUUUAAGUAAAGUAACUCCCAUGAGGAGAGUUAUGCUUAAGAAGAGGCUUUGACAACAACAACUUGUGAUAUGCAAACUUUGUGAUUCAAUACACAUUGUGGCUCAAUAAAAAUCUUCUAGCAGUAUAGCUCUUGAGAAGAGAUUUUGACAAGAACGAUUUGUGAUACACAAAUUUUGUGAUUCAAUACACAACAAUGUGUCCCAACAAAAAUCUGGUAACUGUCUAAUCCUUUGAAUAGAACAACUUGUGACACUCAAAGUUUGUGAGGUGGACAACUUUUGAUGUAAAAAGUAUAAAUUUAAGGGCCAAACAAUAAAUUUUAAGCUUUUUUUGACAAUUUUCAAUAACAACCGAUUAUACUAAAUGGAUAUUUAAUAAAUACAAAUCUCGAUUAAAAAUGAUUAAUUUAAAGCAGUAGGGGUUUCAAAAAUAAUCGUUUGAGGUAGUAAAAUUUCUACAAUGAUCUAAUUCUAAAAAGUUUUUUAUUAUAUGAUGUCUUUAUCCCAAAAGACAGUCGCCUUAAUCUUUGGUGACAAUGUUUGCAAACAUUUUCUUGAAUUUUUUGAUCAACCGGUUCGUGAUAAAUAAGGGUGUGAUUUAAUCGAAAAAUCUUGGCGAUUUCUAUUUUCAAAACAAUUAUCUACAGUAUUUUGAAAAAAAAAACUUGUAUUUUUUGGUCUAUAAACGUUAGAAAUGUUUAGCAUAAUCAGUGUACUUAAUAAGACUAAGUAAUAAAGAUAUUAACAAAUAUAUUUACAUGUUAUUGUUUACACUACGUAUAUUCACUUAAUAUACAGGGUGUAACAGAAGUUGUGAAUUGUACCAUUUCCGUCUCAAAAAUAAACUCGGGAGUACUUAAUUUACAUUUAGCUUACUUGAAAUGGAUCAAGACAACGUGUAAUGGAAAACGCACUACAUUUUGAUGAAAACAUUUUCUUCAACUUUCUUGCUGUUUAAUUAUUCUUUUUAGAGGUUUUCAUUAACAUAACUUGUAAUUUUGGAAAGUUGACAGUAACGUCGAAGAAAAAACAGACGGUUUUGGUCAGUAGUAGCCGUUAUGCAAUAGCAGGAGCCUCACAUAAUGUCAAAUAACAAGCGAUCUUCAUCGUAAGCAAUAUUUUGAAGCAAGAAAUUGCAUGUUUUCUUGAUCUGUAUCAAGCGGUCUUUACAAUACAAAAAAAGUUGUUGUAAUGUUUGAAAAAGUUGAUUUUUCGACUCCUUUGUGAACUCCAUCUGUUUCUUUUUUGCAAUACUCACAACCGUUUUGCUUCUCUUUGAUCUGAUAAGUACCUCCACUAUAACCAACAGUUGAAUAUCUUUUUAACUGCCAACUUCUUGAAGCCGUCUUUAUAUCAGGUAGCUUCCGCCAGUACAGAUGCAUUUCUUCAGUAUUUUCCACCUGAAUUAAUUUUUAAAGUUACAUAUUGUGUCUGAAGCAUCAAAUUCUUCUCCUGUGUGCAUUAAUUUGUGCCUUAAAGAUUUGAUCUUGCCUUUUACAAAAAUAUAUAGAGGCGGUAGAUUGACCAGUAGUUCUUUUGCAUCUGUGGGAGUAGUUCUUAUGAGUUCUAUGCUUUACAGGUCGGCUAAUCUUUGUGUACCUGAUAGACCUCAAUAGCCGCGUCUUUGUCCACAACACUACAGAUCCAUAGAUUAUUAACUACACUUGUGUAUAAUUAAAGGGUCAAAUAGUAUUGAAUCCCAAGUUUUUACCACUUUCUUCUGCAUCUGCCCAAUAUUUCAGGACAUUCCAUACCUCCGUCAAAUCUAGAACUAGUAGUUUUAGACUUGGCAGUAUUAGUUACCUAGUGAAAUUGACUGAGCAUUGGCCGUAAGUCCUUUUUGUUCACAUCAAUUAUAAUAUUUAAGGUCCUCUCGUAUACUUUCAGACACCUCCUCAAAAAACUUUUGGCAAGAAUGUCAAUCACAGUACAAGAAACGCUAAAAAAGUUAACUUUGUUUGCAAUGUGGCUCAACAAAAACCUAUUGACAGUGUAACCCUUUGACAAGAGCAAGUUGUGAUUACAAACUUUGUAAGUCAAUACACAAUGUAGCCCAACAAAAAACUACUAACUGUGUAACCCUUUGACAAGAACAACUUGUAAUCACAAAUUUUGUGAUUCAAUACACAGUGUGGCCCAACAAAAAUCUACUAAGUAUGUAACCCUUUGACAAGAUCACAAACAACAAUACACAAUGUGGCACACAAAAAUUUACUAAUUGUGGGCCCUUAAGAAGAGGUGUUGAUAACAACUUGCGAUACUCAACUUUGUGAGGUGGACAACUUUUGAUGUAGAACUAAAUGGAUAUUUAAUAAAUAGAAGUCUCGGUUGAACUUGAUUGAAUUAAAGCAAUAGGGGGUAAAAAAGUUUCAAAAAUAAUCGUUUGAGGCGGUAGAAUUUUUACAAGAUACAAUGAUCUAAUUCUAAAAAGUUUUUUUUAUUAUAUUAUAUCAAACAACUUUUGAAAUAAUUAUAAAAUUACCUUUUGUUACACCCUAUAUAUUUCGUUCACUUGUGAUUUAGUAAUAAACUGUGGUGCUGGUAUUUUUCAUGAAUUGAUUGUAUUAACAAAUCUAAUAUUUUAUAUUUUUACAAACUUAUACAUACUUUCUUAUAUUAUGCUUUCAAUUAAAACGAAAUUGUUGUUA